UUAAUAAAGCAUGGGCAAGAAAAGCAGAAGCACGGUGGAGAAACCCUCCGUUGAUAAAAAAGACGGCUUUCAGCUGCAGGAUAUACUUGAUUUAGGCGGAGAUAAGGAUGACUUGGAGCUUCUUCAAGACGUUGAUGAUGAUGAAGAUGAAGAGGAGGCUUUGGAUGGGAAUGAACACGAUUAUGAAUCAGAACCUGUGAGAAGGGAUGAGGUAAAAGCAUUAAUAGAGGAACUUGGUUUGAAGAAAUACAGAUUCAGAAGUGAAGAAGAUGGAAAUGAUAAAAAAGAGAAAAAGAAAAAACUUUUGGUCAUGCCUGGAUUUGAAGAGCAGAAAGAUGAAGGAAAACCUCCACCUGACACACAGAAGAAAACUAAAAAUAAAUUUAAAGUCCAAGUAGCUGAAGUCAGUAGUACAACACUGAGCCAAUCAGAUGACACAGAAGUGAAGGACUAUAUUAAUUCAUACACACAAAGAAAGUAUUUAUUGGUUAAGCCUGGUGGAAAGUGGUAUGAUAAUCAGUUUGAAAAUGAUCCUGUUGAGUUUGAGGCAGCCUCCAAAGAAACUAUAAAAUGUUUGGAAGAGUUUGCAUCUAGGAUUCUCCAGGAUGAGGUUACCAUGUAUAAUAAACAAAAAGAUGUGAGGAAAGGUUCAGAUGCAAAAUGGAUGAAGACAGUAGUGUCCUCUGGAACAUUGGCCGACAAGAUGGCAGCACUGACCAUACAAAUUCAAGACAGUCCUGUUCAUACUCUCCAGAGUCUUGAUUUGCUGAUCAAUAUGGCAAAGAAGAAAGGCAAAAGAGAAUGCAUGCUGGCAGUAGAUACUUUGAGAGAACUGUUUAUCUCAGAUCUCCUCCCAGAUAGAAAACUGAAACCUUUUGAGCAGCAUCCCUUAAGCCAGCUUGCCUCCCUGACCAGUGGGAACAAGGAUGCGCGGGACAAGAGACUGGUCAUGUGGUACUUUGAGGCUCAGCUCAAGUCCAGAUAUGAGACAGUUGUCAAAGCCUUGGAGCACAUAGGACAUGACACCAUUCCAGUAACAAAAAAGAAAGCUCUUAGUACAGUAUUUGAACUGCUUGUAAACAAACCAGAGCAAGAAAAGGCCCUGUUGUGCUUACUUGUUAACAAGCUAGGGGAUCCUGACUAUAAGAUAGCAGCCAAAGGAGCACAUCUACUGUCUAGACUGGUUGACAGGCAUCCCAACAUGAAGACUGUGAUUGUUUUAGAAGUGGAGAGGCUUUUGUACAGACCCAAUAUAUCUGUCAAAGCUCAAUAUUAUGCUAUAUGUUUUCUGAACCAGCUGAGGUUGAACCAUGACCAGGCACAGCUGGCUGGAAGACUGAUUGGUGUCUACUUCUCCUUCUUCAAGGCAUUUGUUAAGAAAGGAGAAGUUGACAGUAAAAUGUUAAGUGCCUUGUUGACAGGAGUUAAUAGAGCAUACCCGUUUGCUAAAGUGGACAAGACAACCAUUGAGGAACAUGUGGGCACCUUGUACAAGAUAGUUCACAUUGUAAAGUUCAGUACAAGUAUCCAGGCAUUAAUGUUGCUGUAUCAAGUCAUGGAUUCCAGUGACAGUCUUUCGGACAGAUACUACAGUGCUCUCUACAGGAAAAUGGUGGAUCCAGAAUUGAAGACGUCCUCCAAGCAGACUCUGUUUCUCAAUCUGCUGUUCAAAAGCAUGAAGAAGGAUGUGUCUGAUAAAAGAGUUAAGGCUUUUGUAAAAAGACUGCUUCAAGUUUGUCUAUAUCAGACGCCACCAUUCAUCUGUGCUGCAUUAAUUAUACUCUCUGAGAUACUGAAGUUAAAACCACAGGCACUGCAGCUCAGCCACAUGGCAGAGGAAUUAGAUGAGGAUGAAGAGGAACAUUUUCAAGAUGUAAGAGAGGAAGGAGACGAAGGUCAGGAAACCAGUGACAAGACUAAUGAAGAGCCAAGUGAAAAUUCUAUCAGCAAACCAGUAAAGAGCUCUUGGGUCCAUAGGCAAAAUUUGGGAGUGAAGCAGGAGACGGUAGAUUAUGAUCCCCACCAUAGGAAUCCUCUCUACUGUAAAGCUGAUGCUGCCAGUGAAGUGGAACUGAAGCAGCUAGCACAGCACUAUCACCCCUCUGUUGCCUUGUUUGCACAGAAAGUACUGCAAAGAGAAUUGGUGUCGUAUCCAGGGGAUCCUCUCCAGGAUUUUACUCUCAUCAGAUUUCUAGACAGAUUUGUGUUCAGAAAUCCCAAGAAGAAAACAACAGCUGAAGCGACCGGUGGUAUGAUGAACCGUAAGCAGCGGGGAUAUCAACCUCAGGGACUGAAGGCAGUACCAGUGAACAGUGAGAAAUACUUGGAGAAGGGGGAGGAGGGUGUCCCAGUGGAUGAAAAGUUCUUUUAUAGGUAUUUUAGUGAAAAGGCAUCCAAAAAGAAGGAGGUAGAUGAUGAAGAUAGUGAUGCUGAAAGCGUCAGUGAUGAGGAGUUUGAUGACUUUUUAGAUUCUUAUGAGAAACAAUUUGACAUGGACCAAGAUGUAAAGUUUGACUUUGCAGGUGAGUUUGGAAAACAAACAAACAAGAAGAAAAAGAAACCUGAUGAUGAAGAAGAUGAUGAUGAUGAUGAUAUGGAUGAAGAUAUAGAUGAUGAUUUAUCAGAUGAAGAGCCUGAUUUCGGUGAUGAUGACUUCAAGGAUGCAUUUAUUGAUGAAGAUGACUUUGAUGGGGAGGAUGAAGAGAACUCAGAACUAUCUGAAGAUGAAGCUGCCAUAUCAAAAGCAACUGAUCGGAAACAAAAUAAACGACAUUCAGCAGAUGACUUUAUUAGCGGAAAGAGGUCAAAGAGAAAGAAAUCAGAAUUUGACACUUCUGGGCUGUUUGCUGCUGCUGAGGAAUUUGCCCAUCUUAUUGAUGAGAAUGCCAGCUCCAAGUUAGAUCUGAUUAGCACGGAGGCUAUGUCAAACAAAGAUAAUGCAGGUGUGAAGCAGUUGAAGUGGGAGGCAGACAGGGACCGCUGGGUGCAGGGUCGAGACUGGAGGACAAAGAAAAGACAACAGAGAGGUGCAAAACACAGAGGACAGUUUGCUGGAAACAAACCGAAAAAACAACAGUAUAAGGGCAAAAAGAAGUCAAAGAAUAAAAGAUAAUGUUUUAGGCAUCAUCAAUUGCAAAGAAUUGAAUAUAUUUACUGGAGGUAUUCUGCUGGUUCAGUUUUAUAUAAAAAAAGAAACUGCAAUAUUUUAAAGAAUAAGUGA